AUGGCCCCCGCCAAUACGCUGCCCGCUUGGGCCGAGCUUCAAGCUCACCGUGACAAUGUCGGCAAAAACUUUGUUCUCAAAGAGGCCUUCGCUUCUGAUCCGGAACGAUUCUCUCGCUUCACUCGCACCUUCGAUUCUAAGGGCGUUUCGGCCGAGAUCCUCUUUGACUUUAGCAAGAACUUCUUAACUGAAGAGACCCUCGACUUGCUGGUCAAGCUUGCUGAGCAGGCUGGCGUGGAGAAGAAACGAGAUGCCAUGUUUGCUGGAGAGAAGAUCAACUUUACGGAGAAGCGUGCCGUUUACCACACUGCUUUGCGAAACGUCGGCGGCUGGGACAUGAAGGUUGAUGGCGUGGAUGUCAUGAAUGCCCCCGGCGGUGUCAAUGAUGUUUUGAAGCAUAUGAAGGAGUUCUCGGAGCAGGUCCGAAGUGGAGAGUGGAAGGGUUUCACCGGCAAGAAGCUGACUACCAUUGUCAACGUCGGUAUUGGCGGCUCUGACCUUGGCCCUGUCAUGGUCACAGAAGCUCUGAAGCACUAUGGAGCUGAUGACAUGACUCUUCACUUCGUCUCCAACAUUGAUGGAACUCACAUGGCUGAGGCUCUCAAAAAUUCUGAUCCUGAGACCACCCUCUUCCUUAUUGCCUCCAAGACGUUUACCACUGCUGAGACAACAACCAAUGCCAAUACUGCCAAGACCUGGUUCUUGGAAAAGACUGGAAACAAGGGUGAAAUUGCGAAGCACUUUGUCGCUCUUUCCACCAAUGAGCCUGAAGUCACCAAGUUUGGAAUCGACAGCAGGAAUAUGUUUGGGUUUGAGAGCUGGGUAGGCGGUCGGUACUCUGUCUGGAGUGCUAUCGGCCUCAGCGUUGCUUUGUACAUUGGCUUUGACAAUUUCCACAAGUUCCUCAGCGGUGCUCAUGCCAUGGACAAACAUUUCCGCGAGACUCCCAUCAAAAACAACAUUCCUAUUCUUGGUGGUUUGCUUAGCGUCUGGUACUCGGACUUUUUCCAGGCCCAGACUCACCUCGUUGCCCCGUUCGAUCAGUACCUCCAUCGCUUCCCCGCUUACUUACAGCAGCUCUCUAUGGAGUCGAACGGAAAGUCCAUUGCUUCUGAUGGCUCCUCUGUCAAGUACACCACUGGCCCUAUUCUCUUCGGCGAGCCUUGCACCAAUGCUCAGCACUCUUUCUUCCAGCUUGUCCACCAGGGCACUAAGCUGAUUCCUACUGACUUUAUCCUGGCUGCUCAGUCUCACAACCCCAUCACUAACAACCUGCACCAGAAGAUGCUUGCGUCCAACUACUUUGCCCAAGCUGAGGCCUUGAUGGUCGGAAAGACUGACGAGCAGGUCAGAGCUGAAGGCGCCCCCGAGGAGCUUGUUCCACACAAGCGCUUCCUCGGAAAUCGCCCUACAACCUCCAUCCUUGUUGGAGGAUCAAUUGGCCCUGCCGAGCUUGGAGCGCUGAUUGUCUACUACGAGCACUUGACUUUCACUGAAGGUGCCAUCUGGGACGUCAACAGCUUUGAUCAGUGGGGCGUCGAGCUUGGAAAGGUUCUGGCCAAGAAGAUUCUCAAGGAGCUUGACGAGGCUGGCAAUGGGGAGGGCCACGAUAGCUCGACUGGUGGCCUUAUUGGAGCGUUCAAGAAGUACGCCAAGAUUUAA